AUGGUGGUAGUUGACUACUCAAGCCAUGAUCGCAUCCGUCGUAAUGACUACGAUCAGAAUGAUGCUACAAGUCAUCAGAAUGAUGCUACAAGUCAACAAUUAUUGCUAGAUCAAGACGCCAUUGUCGAUUUCGGCAUAGCAAACUUUUGCCCUCGACUGCGUGAAGCUAUAAGUGCUCUUUCACGUCAUACAGUUGGUCCAUUACUACAACGUGUACAAUUAUCAGACUUUCAGAGUUCUACCUUAUCUUCUUUACCAACAGAUGAUUUGAGUUCACAUGUACAGCUUCCUCGCAAUGACAAGUUUAUCCUUGCGUUACCAUAUUUAUAUGAAGACAAUUUACCAAUAUCCAGACAUAAUUUUAUGGUACGGUGGUCAAUAAUAGCACAGUGUGGCCGUCCAGAUAAAGCACCCGAAGUUAUUUUACUGGAAACAGAUAAUUUGUCCGUAAAUUCAGGAUACGGUGAAACAACCUUACGUAGGACACAACAACGCCCUCAACAACUGCAACAUCGUCAGUAUCAAACUAAUCAAAUUAUUCAAGAACGUUAUUGGCAACAAUAUGUGGCCAGUGAUGCAUUUUACAUACAAUGUUUAACUAAAUGGGAUAAAACAAAUAAUAACAGUUCAUCUAUAUUGCAAUACUGUUUGCUAGCAGAUCAAUUAUAUGAAUGUUAUGUAAAUUUUCAGGUUUACAAACUCAAGAUUUCGUUAAAAUCUACACCAACAAUGUUACACCCACCUCCACAACUGGUCCUAGCAUAUACUCAAUACAAACAACUAACUAAACUUUCUAAAUUAAACAUGACAGAAGUAGGUAAUGCUACUACUGAUAUCAACAUUGAGCUUUUUAUAGAUUUGGAAAAUGGUAUUAAUAAUUAUGAUGAUCGCCGUAAUCAAAUAACUUUGGCUGCUACAGUUCGCAUGCGUGCUAUAAUCAGUUUAGUUUCAUCUGAACAAACCGCAUCAACAGCACCAAUAACUUCUGAGGCUACUGACUGUAAGAAUGACACCAAAGUAUUAUCACAACUGGCUUCAGUAACAGGAACCUUUCCUCCAACUGGUAAUAAAAAUGCUACCAAACCAGGUGAUACCAAUGUGGCUUUAAAUAAAAAGUUUGUAGUAAGAAUUCUAAGCUCAAAAUUAUCCCGUACGACACCACAAGGAGCCAUGAUGGCAAUUUUGUUAAAUGCUAUAACAGAACAAUGUUUUGACACGACAAUGAUGGAUUAUGUAACAUAUGUACGUCGAGUGCAACAGGCUGCAGUUCAAGCUUAUUACUAUGAUGGCAGUAAUAGUCAAGAAGAUAAACCAUCAUCUGAUGUCAGUGAUAACAAUUCAAUUAAAUUACUAUUAGAAGCACUUUACGAAGCUUUUUGUGAUUACCCUUCUAAUGGUAAUUGCCUAUUAGAUUAUAAAAUAGACAAUAAUGAAACAUCUACUAAGAAUACCACAAGUUAUUUUCGUUUUUUGUUGAUUGAUGAUGACAUAGUCACUGAAACUACACAACUUAAAUACAUACUAACUAUUGAGUAUAACAAAAAACUCUAUGAAAAAUUACAAACAUCAACAGAUUUAGAAAAUACUAAUCAAUUUAAGGUUAAAGAAUCCGUUCCUGUUGUAGCAUUACGUUCUGUUUAUGAUGAUGAGCACACCGAUAAUUACUUGAAUAUUGAUAUUGAUAAUUUAACUGAAUCAGAUAAAAACCUUGAGAAAUAUAAUAGUGAGUUAGCUAACAUAAUUAAAAUUGCAACCAUAAAUGGCAUGCGAAAAUUACGUAAAGAUGUGUUAACACCAGUAUUGACUCGAUAUAAUAAGCAAUGGGCACCUACUGAUCCAUAUUUUAUGGCUUCUUCAAGCACACCACCUCCAUAUCCAGCAACACUAUAG